AAUACGUCACAGCUGUGUUUUUCAUUGUCCACAUAACAUGGUGCUAAAGGGAAACCUGUCUUGUUCAUUGUAGUAAAUACCAACUACAAAUGGACCGCAGUGUGAAGCGCCGGCAGGUGAAGCCCCUCGCUGCCUCUCUCCUCGAUGCCUUGGACUAUGACAGCUCUGACGACAGUGACUUUGAAGUGGGAGAUGCUUCAGGUUCGGACGGCACGGGCAACAACAGCGACGAGGAAGGGUCCAAAGCCAGCGCCGCGGGUUCAGGGAGUGACUCGGACAACAACGCCGUUUCUGCAGACAACGGCAUCGACGAAGACGAGGCCAAAGACCUCGCGGCCGAGGACAACCUGACGGAAGACGAUCGGAAGCCCAAAGAACAGGCGUCCUCGGACAGCUCCACCAAAGACCCCCCCGCCACCGACCCCCCCAAAGGGCGGCGCAGGAGCAAGAAGGUGUCCGAGUCCGAACCAGCCGCUGAGGCCUGCACGGAACCCACCUCGACGUCUGGGGGCGGCGGCGUGGACGCAGAGGAGCCUCAGGCCGAGCCCAAGAAAUGGAAUUUCCGCAGGAACCGGCCCCUGUUGGACUUCACCACGAUGGAGGAACUGAACGAGAUGGACGACUACGACAGCGAGGACGACAACGACUGGAGACCCGCGGCAGGAAAGAAAAAGGGCAAAGCCGGCGCUCCGAAAGAAGGCGCCGAGGAGGAGGAAGAGGAGGAGGAGGAGGAGGACGGGGGCAGCGCCAGCGAGGACGACGAUGACGACGACAACGAUGACGACGACAACGACGGCGAAGAGGAUGAAGAUGAUGACAAGGAGGACGGGGAUGACACCAACACUACCACCACCAACACUACCACCACCCCCACCACCACCAACAACAACAACAACAACAACAACAGCAGCAGUGAGAGUGACAAAGAUGUGAAAAAGCCCAAGAAGAAACCCAAGAGCACCAACGCUUUUGAUGAAGAGCUGACGAACGACAGCAUGUCCCAGGGAAAGGGCAAUGAGGAUGCAUUGCUGGAGCGGUCCCAGACCUGGAACACGCAGCACAUCCUCAUCUGCUGCGUGUGUCUGGGAGACAACAGCGAGGACGCAGACGAGAUCAUCCAGUGUGACAACUGUGGGGUCACUGUGCACGAAGGAUGUUACGGCGUGGACGGCGAGAGCGACUCCAUCAUGAGCUCCGCCUCGGAGAACUCCACGGAGCCGUGGUUCUGCGACGCCUGCAAGAACGGCGUGACCCCGAGCUGCGAGCUGUGCCCCAACCAGGACGGCAUCUUCAAAGAGACGGACGCCGGCAGAUGGGUGCAUGUGGUCUGUGCGCUUUACGUUCCCGGAGUAGCAUUUGGAGACAUCGAUAAGCUGCGACCGGUAACGCUCACAGAGAUGAAUUACUCAAAAUAUGGGGCCAAGGAGUGCAGCUUCUGCGAGGACGCCCGCUUCGCUCGAACCGGCGUGUGCAUCAGCUGUGAUGCAGGAAUGUGCCGUUCUUACUUCCAUGUCACCUGUGCACAGAGGGAGGGGCUGCUGUCUGAGGCCGCAGCAGAGGAGGAGAUUGCCGAUCCGUUCUUUGCGUACUGCAAACAGCAUGCAGACCGCUUUGACAGGAAGUGGAAACGGAAGAACUAUCUGGCCUUACAGUCGUACUGCAAAGUCUCUCUGCAGGAGAGGGAGAAACAGCUGACCCCGGAAGCCCAGGCCCGAAUCACUACGCGCCUGCAGCAGUACAGGGCCAAAGCAGAGCUGUCCAGGAACACCCGACCUCAGGCCUGGGUACCCCGGGAGAAGCUGCCGCGACCCCUGACCUCGAGCGCCUCGGCCAUCCGGAAGCUGAUGAGGAAAGCUGAGCUGAUGGGCAUCAGCACGGACAUCUUCCCCGUGGACACGUCCGAUGCCAACGCCAGCCUGGACGGACGCAGGAAGCACAAGCAGCCCGCCCUCACAGCCGACUUUGUCAACUACUACCUGGAGCGGAACAUGCGAAUGAUCCAGAUCCAGGACAACAUCUCGGAACAGAAGAACUUAAAAGACAAGCUGGAGAGCGAGCAAGAGAAACUGCACGUGGAGUACAACAAGCUCUGCGAGUCCCUGAAGGAGCUGCUCAACGUGAACGGGGAGCUGCGGAGUGAAGGCCAGGCCAUGUGGACUCUGCUGGGGGGCAUUCUGGGCCAGAAACUGAACACCCCAGCUGUUCUGAAAGCCCCUAAAGAGAGGAAGCCCAGCAAGAAGGAGGGAGGAUCCCCCGGGAAAUCAUCCAGCCUGCCAGCAAUCCUCUACAGUUGUGGAAUCUGUAAGAAGAACCAGGACCAGCACCUGCUGGUGCUGUGCGACACCUGCAAGCUGUACUACCACCUGGGCUGCCUGGAGCCACCGCUCACACGUAUGCCCAAGAAGACCAAGAACAGCUACUGGCAAUGCUCCGAGUGUGACCAGGCCAGCAGCGACGAGGCCGACAUCGCCAUGGAGACGCUCCCGGACGGCACCAAGAGGUCCAGGAGGCAGGUCAAAGGGCCGAUCAAGUUCAUCCCGCAGGAGAUGUCGCCGGAGCCCAAGAAACAUCAGAGAACCAGAGGGCAGAAGAGGAAGAGGGUUCCGAUGGGUGAAGACAGAGAAGAUAAAGCCGAGGAACCGCUGCCACGGGAACGCCGACAACGGCAAUCUGCAAUGCAGAAGAAACCCAAAGCUGACGACACGAGGACCGAGUGCACAACCUGCAGCGGACCGGGCGACAACGAGAACCUCGUGAGGUGCGACGAGUGCCGACUCUGCUACCACUUCGGGUGUCUGGACCCCCCGCUGAAGAAAUCGCCCAAGCAGACGGGAUACGGCUGGAUCUGCCAGGACUGUGACAAGGAGGAAGAGGAGGAGGAGGAGGAGGAAGAGGAGGAGGAGGAGCAGCUGGAUGAAGAUGGCGCUGUUAAAGAGGAAACAGCAGAGCAGGAGAUUCCAAACUGAACCUGAGCAAGCGGACACGAACGCACCAUCCGAGGCUUCACCUCCAGUCUUAGCAUUUCCGUUCAGACUAUGGCACACGUAACUUUCGACUAGCCUCCCAAAGUUCUAGAGAGCCAGCAGUUAGCUCCCACCACACAUAGUGUAGAAAGCAGAGGUGGACUUAAGAGAACACCAUUUAUUAAUUUGAAAUGUUUGGAUCCAAGGGAAGAGUUUGUACUUUUUAUGAGUGAUGGAGCACAGACGGACACAUUUCAGACAUCUUCCCAAAGCAGCCCACGAAAGCAUCCACCCGGGGGGGGGGGGCACACACACGAUGCUUCUUCUACCGGCUGCCGACCCCGAGCACCCUGACGUGUCUAUGGCACUUUCCACGCAAUCUAUUUUCAUACACUAAUGCUGAUCGGCCGCUGUGUCCAAACCGAGUAUCCUCAGUGAUGAAGGGAGCACAGUGGGGUCCAAAGACAACGUCUCUGUCCCCUUGCUGAGGACGCUGCCGUCCGCAGUGAAGCGUCCUUUCAUCUUCUUUGCACACUUUUCACCGGAGGAUUUUAUUUUUAUAUUUCAUGCCUAUUCUCUUUCUUCCCCCAUCUAAAAUAUGAAACUCAUUAAUUGCUCAGUCGUUUACGGUUAAGUGAAGUAUUGCGUCUGUUUUUUGUGUUAAAAAGAAACAAAUUUUAAUCUUUCAUUUACAGUAUCUUUAAGCACUA